AGAAAAAUGCAAACUAUGGAUGGUCCUUGGGGUAAACCGGGACCAGGUGGAACUAUUUGGAGAAACCCGAGAGAUAUCGGCUUAAACUUUUCAAAGUCUAUGGGCUGGACCGACAACAAUCUUCUAAAUAAGCUACAAAGUGAUGAACAUAAGCGCAAGAGAUCUUCACUGGCUUUGCCUAACGUAAAGAAAGAUGAUGAUAAGGACAGAAAUACACCAGAUAAGGAGAACAAACCUCAAAGCGAAUUGAAACUGCCUGAUAUUAAGCACACUAAUAGUCCGAAAAGUAAAAAUCAACAAGCACAAAAAGAGGAAAGUACACAAACCAAUGGAAUAGCUGCAAACCAUCAAGUUGUAAAACAAGACAAUCAUGUUACAACUGGUAAAAAUAAGCCUAAAAAGAAGAAAUUUGUUAAAAGAUUAUCAAAUGGGGAGAAAAUCGAUCGAACUUUACCAGAGGAUGAACAUGUUGAUAAAAUUGAAAAUAAACAAAGUGUGACAACAGGAGAACAGAAGUUGACACCUGAAGAGACGAUCUUACGUGUCACAGGAGGUAUAGAGCUGGUGCCUAUCUUGGCACGGCGGAGGAGGGUCGGAGCUCGCACGCUGCCCUCUAGUGACGUCACACGACCCCCGGAGGACAUGUGCCAAUGGCGAGAACUUCUGAACGUGGAUUAUCUGAGAGAAUUGAAACAUCAAGUGAAGGUCAAGUACCAAAGAAAAGAGGAAGCUCGUCAGAACUCCGCUGAGAGCGUGCGGCAGCAUCAAGAAACCUGGGCUUCACUGUGGGGCCGUCCAGGCCACGGGGCUCCUCUGCAACAUGGACGAUAUGCUCGCAACAACCUAGCUCGCCUGCUCUAUGUUGUGCCCCUUACCAAUGCCCAGUGACUUACUAGUGGUUUCUGCAAAAAAUAGUUGGUGACACAGUCUAGUGAUAACAUAUCUUUGCUGACCAACAACUUCAAUAUUGACUAGAGAUACGGAAGCGAAAACCGGAAGGCCUGUGUGUAUGGGUUGGGUAUCCCUGGCUGGAUGAUCAAGUCAACAAUACCCCUACCUAAUGUAUGUCACACAAAUAUUCCAGUGGAUAAAUUUAAAAGUGGAAAAUGUCUGCCUUGGGUGAGA